AUGUUUACGGGUAGGUUUAUAAAGCGGAACAUUUCUUUGAUAUGCAAGGGUUGGCAACGUUGGGUGAGAGACUACGUGCAACAGUCCUAUGUUUGGAAGGGCCAGGCAUGGUAUAGAUGGAGCGACACCCGGAUGCCUUUCCGGUGUUGGGAAGAUUUAAAGAAUAGGUUGCUGGAACGUUUCCAGGCGUCACAAGAGAGUAGUUUGCAAGAACAAUUUUUAGACAUACGACAGAUUGGAUCGGCUGUGGGGCGUUUUGAACAGAUGGAUGCACAACUCGAGGGCAUCCAAGAGUCAAUUUUGGAGGGGACUUUCAUCAUGGGGUUGAAACCGAACUUGCGCAAGUUGGUUCAGAUCUUGCAACCACAAGGGUUGGGAUAG